AUGCAUUAUCGCCCCGAGGAUGAACGGCAUCUGCCGCGUAAUGUUACUGCCAGUGCCAGUGCUUCCAUCGAUACUAGGUAUGACCACGCAAUCGUGUGGCCCUUUCUCAUACAGAAUGCCAUGGAAAAUCCACUGUGUACUUCAACUACUCCGGCAAAUUCGACGGUUUCGGUGUUACUGUGGACUACGAUUGCAGUGUUUGGCAUCGUAUAUACGCUACUAGGAUAUCGCUGUCUGCGGGCUAUAGGAUUUCUGACAGGGCUUGCUGCAGGCGCCGGUUGCAUCAUACUGCUUCAAAGCAAAAACAUUACAGAAUUCGGUAAUUUGGCCGCCCCAGCGCUGGCCGUCGUUGCCGGACUGUUCGGUGCAAUAUUGGGUUCCACACAUCCCAUCUCGUCCACCCUGAUUGGAGCAUCGGCUGGAGCGCUGAUAGCGGGUGCAACCAUUGCAGCCUGUAUUGCCACACUACCUCACUACAUCUUUGGAGAGAAUGAGCUUCUUGUGUCGGUCGUGGGUGGAGCAAUCAUCUGUGCAAUUAUCACUCUAUUCUGCCCUAAACUGAUGUCAAUCAUCGCAUCCAGUAUCCUCGGAUCGGCUAUGAUACUGUGCUCAAUCGAUUUCUUCAUGCAUGGGCUAAAUACUUUAGAUUGGAUACUCAACAUAAAACCUGAUCCGACACCUCCGCCCUGUUGGGGCGGAGUCAUCCUAUGCUGUUGGCCGAUUUCUUCGGUACUAGGAGUGCUGGUGCAAUGCUUCGUAACUGCCUGGAAAAUCGAUCACCGACGACAGAUGAUGCAUCGAAGACGACGCCACUACAAGGGACGACCGGGAUCGCGUACUCGAGAAACUCGCGAGGAAGCUCGUCAGCGAAAGUAUCGCUAUCUGUACCAGGUUCGGACGGCCCGAGGCGACAUAAUUUCGCAAAAUUUCGUAUCCGCCCUGCAGAAGCACGUAACCACGGACUCCGGCCCGCCGUCGGAAGUUUCCACCAAGCUGGGUUCGAACGAUCGCAACACGGCCCGCAGCGACCGAACACACAUGACAAACCUGCCCGAUUCCGACAUGGACAAACAUGACUUGAGCUACGAGAAACGUUCGCAUUCGGCCAAAUAG